AUGGCGGCGGGAGUAGCGGCAUGGCUUCCAUUCGCCCGGGCGGCAGCAAUCGGCUGGAUGCCUGUGGCCAACUUGCCUAUGCCAGUGGCGCCCACUGAGAAGAACAAGCGGCAGGAUGAGCUAAUCAUUCUUAAUGUUAGUGGACGGCGCUUCCAGACCUGGAAGAACACUCUGGACCGCUAUCCAGACACCCUGCUGGGGAGCUCAGAGAAGGAGUUCUUCUACAACGAGGAGACCAAAGAGUACUUCUUCGACCGGGACCCUGACGUGUUCCGCAGCGUUCUCAACUUCUACCGCACAGGCAAGCUCCACUACCCACGCUAUGAGUGCAUCUCCUCCUAUGACGAGGAGCUGGCGUUCUUUGGAAUCCUCCCAGAGAUCAUCGGUGACUGCUGCUACGAAGAGUACAAGGAUAGGAAGAGGGAGAAUGCGGAGCGUCUGAUGGAUGACCAGGAGGACAACAAGGACGCUAAGCUGCCCAACAUGACCUUCAGGGAGACCAUGUGGCGGGCUUUCGAGAACCCCCACACGUCCACCAUGGCCCUUGUCUUCUACUACGUCACUGGCUUCUUCAUUGCUGUCUCCGUCAUCACCAACGUGGUGGAGACGGUGCCCUGCGGCUCGGCACCCAACCAGAAGGAGGUGCCGUGCGGUGAGCGCUACACUGUGGCCUUUUUCUGCAUGGACACGGCCUGCGUCAUGAUCUUCACCGUGGAGUACCUGAUGCGCUUGUUCGCCGCUCCUAGCCGCUACCGCUUCAUGAGGUCCGUCAUGAGCAUCAUUGACGUGGUGGCCAUCUUGCCCUACUACAUUGGCCUGGUGAUGACUGACAACGAGGACGUGAGUGGCGCUUUUGUGACGCUCCGUGUUUUCCGCGUGUUCCGUAUCUUUAAGUUCUCCCGUCACUCGCAGGGCCUGCGCAUCCUGGGCUACACACUGAAGAGCUGUGCCUCGGAGCUGGGCUUCCUGCUCUUCUCCCUCACUAUGGCCAUAAUUAUCUUUGCUACCGUCAUGUUCUACGCAGAGAAGGGUUCAAGCUCCAGCAAAUUCACCAGCAUCCCAGCCUCCUUCUGGUACACCAUCGUUACUAUGACAACGCUCGGGUACGGAGACAUGGUUCCUAAGACGAUUGCAGGGAAGAUCUUUGGCUCAAUCUGCUCUCUGAGUGGGGUGCUGGUAAUUGCCCUGCCUGUCCCUGUGAUUGUGUCCAACUUUAGCCGCAUCUAUCACCAGAACCAGAGAGCAGACAAGCGGCGGGCGCAGAAGAAAGCCCGCUUGGCCAGGAUACGAAUAUCCAAGACAGGAAGCUCCAACGCCUUCCUCCACAGCAAGCGCAACGGCCUGUUCAACGAAGCCCUGGAUUCCACUGAAGAGGAGCAGCGGUUAAGCAAGUCUACCUCUCUAUUAGAGAGCCAGCACCACCACCUACUGCACUGUCUGGAGAAAACCACUAACCAUGAGUUUGUGGACGAGCAGUACUACCAGCAGAGCUACCUGGAGGCGGGGCUGCAGAAUUACCCAUCUCGAAGCCCCUCCCUCUCCAGCCAGGAUGGCGUGACGGGCACGUGCUGCACCCGCCGAAGCAAGAAGCACCACACCCCUUUACCGAAUGCCAGCGCCCCAGCACACAUGCAGCCUUUGACACACACGCACACGCACCAACAAGGCUUGCAGGAGCUCAGCACCAUCCACAUCCAGCCCCUCAGCACCAGCCGCUCCAGUCUGAACAUGCGCGUAGACGAGCCAGCACCCCUGAACUGCCAGAGCAGCCAGAUCACCACAGCAAUCAUCAGCAUUCCCACACCGCCGGUGACGACUCCUGAAGGCGACGCUCACCUGCCGGCGGGCCCCGCCCACCAGAACGUUGUGAAGGUGUCAGCACUGUGA